AUGGGGCUGGACUCCGGCGCAGACAUGGGGUUCGAUUUGGAAUCCGCGCUUGGCGCGCGUAUGGGAUCGUUCGUGGAUGGGUACCAAGGUUUCUCGGUGGGGGAGUCGCCGGUGCUGCUGAGCUUGCUCAACGACGACCACAUGCGAUUCCUAGGAGAGAUCACGGACACCCGCACGACCCACCAGAUAGCGACGAUGGCGGCCGAGAUGACGAGCUCCCUGCAGUCGGCGCUCCACCUCGCCCCUCUCCCUGCUAGAGCGUGGGAGACCACGGAGGACAUGUUCAACGCCGUCGACGGCUACCUGAGCCCCGCAACCAAGGUCAUCGAGUCUUCCCUGGAGAAGCUCGGGCUGAGCAGCGACCAGGCCGGCGCGGUCGUGGCGGCGCUCUCCCUCCUGGGAUCCGCCGCCGUCCUGGCCGUCUUCGUCCAGCGCUUCGGAGGGGAAAGCCCCCCCCUGCCUACCGAGUACGAUCUCGACCAGUUGGACGCGUACUACCGGCGGAAGCCGCUGGUGGUGGCGGUGCGCUUCGUGGAGGUGUCCGCCUCCCUCGCCAGCUUCCUGCUGAACGUCCUCGCAGACGUGCUGACCAACAACUGGGACAAGAACAUGGCCGUCAGGGCGGUCCAGAUGCGGGAGUUCACGUCUUCGAACGGACCCGCCUUCAUCAAGGUGGGGCAAGGGGCGUCCAUCCGCCCGGACAUCCUUCCCGCCCCAUACCUCGAAGAGAUGCAGAAGCUGCAGGACCGGGUGCCAGAGUUCUCCUCCCCGGAAGCGAGGAAGAUCCUGGAGCGUGAGCUCGGCGUCCCCGUCGGCAAAGCCUUCGAGAGCGUGGAGUCCUUCGACAGGCCCAUCGCGGCCGCGUCGCUGGGGCAGGUGUACAAGGCGAGGCUGAAGGGGACGGGGGAGACGGUGGCGGUGAAGAUCCAGCGGCCGAAGGUCCUGGCCACGGUGACGCGAGACCUCUACGUCAUCCGCAUCAUUCUCGACCUCAUCGGCACGGUGUCCAUACUGCGGGACGCCUCCCGCUCAGUCAAGAGCCUCAUCGACAGCUGGGCGGUGAGGUUCCUGGAAGAGAUGGACUACACGAUGGAGGCCAACAACGCCGACCGCUUCGCCAAGGAAAUGGCCAAGCACAAGAGCCUCGGGAGCGCGAUCAAGGUCCCCUCCGUCUACCGGGACAUGACGACGAGAUACGUCUUGGUAACCCAGUGGGUGGACGGGGAAAAGGCCUCGAACUUGGAGGCUAGGAGCCCCGAGGGGAGAGCAUGCCUCGCAACUCUACAGGCAACGCUCUUGAAUUCCUACCUGGUGCAGCUGCUCGACAACGGGUUCCUCCACGCCGACCCCCAUCCGGGCAACUUCCUCCUGCAGGACGACGGGACACUUUGCGUGCUCGACUUCGGGCUCAUGACCGAGGUGACCGAAGAACAGAGCUAUGCGCUCCUGGAGUACGUGAUCCAUCUCAUUGCCAAGGAUUACCCCGCCACGUUGGAGGACCUGAUCGUCCUCGGCUUCAUCUCGCCAGAAGUCGGGGAUGAUCCCGAGAAAGUUGCCCUCGUUGUCCCGCUCCUCGCCAAGGUGAUGGAACAGCUGAGCGAGGGGGGGGGUGCUCAGACGAUUACCAUCGACACCGUCGGGGAGGAAGUGGAGGAGCUGGCAAAGAACUACCCAAUCAGCAUCCCGGCUUACUUCGGGCUCAUCAUCCGCUGCUUCGGCACCCUCGAGGGCCUCGGCUUGUCGAUAGACCCCGGGUACAGCAUCGUCAAGGAGUGCUUCCCGUACCUGUGCCGACGCCUGCUGACGGAGGAUACUCCGAGAAUGCGCCGGAUGCUCAAGAGCUUCCUGUACGGCAAGGACGGGGAUUUCCUGCAGGUGGACCGUGUGGACGAGAUCUUGGAAGGCUACCGCACCUUCACAGCGUUGGCAGCCGAGGUUAGCGCCCCAGGCGGCAGCGGUAUCAUGUCCCGAUACGGCACUGAACCCACCGCCGCCGCCAACGGGGGAGUCACCACCAAGGAGGCGUUUUCGCCGACCUCCGGCUCCGGAACCCUGGGUGACUACGCACCAUUGCAGCAGCAGCGGCGGCAGGGGGAGGGGACGGGGGACGCGGCGCUUGCGCGGCAAGGCGGGGGGAGGGGGCGGGGGGUCCCGUACAUUGAUCCGGCGUCGGAUCCGGUCGUGAUGGACGCGCUCCGGCUCUUGUUCGCCAAGGAAGGGAACUACGUCCAGGACUUGGUGGUGGAGGAGCUGGCAAGAAUGACCGACGCUCUUGGGAGGGAAGUCAAUCUUGAAGUUUUGCAGGUACUGAGGCGUUUCGCAGACGGCGUGAUGGAGCCCAUUCCCCUGAGCAACCUCUCCUUCAGGCCGUCUCCCGAUGGUCACCUUAACCCUCUCCUGCUGCCCAUCCAGCUGCCGUACCUGAUGGUGGAGCGCAUCAUCACGAGAGUCGAGAGCGUGCUGAAGCUCUCCGACGAGGAUAAGGAGACUCUCCGGGCGACGGAAAGGCUAGUUGACAUCUUCAGGAGAGCUACAGUAAGCACGAGCGGCGCGAAGAAUCCGUUGACAGCGGGGGCAGCCGAGAGAAGAGAGUGGCAGUACGAGGAUGCUUCCCAUGAGGCCGAGGGUCAGAAGCGAGCGCGUUUCCCGGCGUCGUUGAUCAAGACCAUCCCGAAGCUUCGGCCGCGAGACAUUGCGGCCACCGCCAAGACUUUGGCGCCGCUGGCACCGGAGAUGAUGCCCGGCGCCCAGGUCGUGGCGAGCAAGUUCAUGAGGCGGCUCGCGGGGAAAACGUUGGCGAGGAUCGCCGACAACGUCAUGCCUGAGGGGACCGCGGCUGCAGAAGCCAAAGAUCUGUUGGCCGACCAGCACUUGUUUAUGGGCACGGGAAACAUGGGUCCCGGUCCUUCUCCUGGAAAGGGGAUCGGGGGCGGUAACGGAAAGUUUCCAAGAAAAAUCGUCGGAUGA